AUGUUUGUUCCUAGGCAACUCCAGAAAAAAUCUUUAUGCCAACAACAGAAGGAAUCUACGCCUCUCGCCCCUACCGAGAAAUCUACCAAAAAUGAUUAUAUCGACCCGACCUUGGCGAAGGAAAUGGUGAUGACCCUCGAGAUAUUGUUUUCGGAUCAUGGAAUCGAAAGUGGCCCCCCCGAAUGGUUUUCCGCAAGGAUGCGAUCUGUGGAAGGGGAAAGUGACUUUAUCCAUCUAUCCGCGCUGUUAGACUGUCCGCUGUUGGCCGAGAUGAAGCCAAAGCCAUCGCAAAUGACCCUCCGAAAGGCUCUCACUCAAUAUCCUUCGGACUUUUUACAACUGAGCAAAGACAAAUACUAUAUUCGGCGGCGGCAGGAAUAUCUGGCUUCUUCGAGAUCCCCCGCGGGCCACCCGAAGUGUUCAGAAGAUUCCACAAUCUAUAUUGAGCCUCAUGUUACAGGCAUAACUCUAAACCCUGGGAGGGUAGCUAGGAUGCUAUCGCAAUCAGCGAUGCCGAGAAAAUACCUGCCGGUGCAGUUUGUCGAAGCUGGUGAUACUGCAUGGGCAUUCGUGAUACUAUCCGCCGCGGUGUCGCACGAAGACGCAGAGAAUCAGGGAUUGUGGCCAAAAGAUUGGAUAAUUAUGACAAAGCAUGAAUGGAGAAAGAGAGACGAGGAAUACCAACACCUGCGAGGGAGGCGACCAACCUCUCCCGCACGCAUAAGGCUGCCAGAACGCCACGACGGGGCAUCUGGUUCGUCGGUUCAACAAAUGUGGUCUGAUUUACCGAUUUUCCCAACCGUCCCUGUAGAUCCGGCCUCAGUCCGGGAAGGCGAUCAAAAAAUGAAUGCCGAUUAUGAAUCUGGACUAAUUGUCUACCUAACCAACAUACACCCGCUGACAACCAAAGAAACCAUUACUUCUUUUAUCACCCGGCAGGUGGAUCGAUAUAAUGGAAAAAAGCGCUCAUCCACUCUGAAGGACAGAGAUGGCCCCCCAGUAAACAUCAAUUAUGUCGAUUACUCGAAAGGGUUGACGACGGCAUACCUGCGGCUGCGUAAAGCGCAGGACUCGGAGUUGGUGGUCUCUGCACUGAAAAAGCGGAAACGUAGGAUGCAAGAUGGCAACGACAAAAAAGGAAAGAAAGUUACAAACGAUAGUGGAAGAGAUAAUUGGGUUAAGGCUACAAACGUGGAGGGGAACGAAGAGAGAAUUUAUUGGGAAAAGGUUCUUGCUGCUAAAUGGAAGGGGAAGGGGAAAAACAAACGGAAAUUGCCGUCACAUGAUGCUGGAGAGUCUUCUUCCAAACAAAUCAAAUUUUCAGACUAA